AUGACUGUGCACCGGUGGUUGAUACCGUGGUCGAUCUAUAUCGCGAUCGAGUUCUAUGACAACCUCAGAUUGUGGGGACGCGGUCGACGCCCCGCAUGGAGAUCCUUAGGUGGCCGCACCCUGAUAUUCCUCGUCGCUCAACUCUUCCUCAUGGCGGUUCAGCCAGACCGAGGAACGUCUAAACCACCGAACAUGAUUCUGUCCUUAGUUUACUAUCCCGGCCACUGUCACGAGCGGAUCGCGCCGAAGCAGGCAAAGGUGGAAUUCUAUCACUGCAGGCGAAUCCCGGAUCUGAAAUGGACCAUCCACGGUUUGUGGAACCACGAUACUUUUGACCCGGUUUUUGCGGACGACAUGCUCAUUCUAGAACUAAUGAAAAGGGUAUCGGAAGAGGUGUCGAACGAGGUGAAACUCCGAAUGUCUCGUCAAUGGAAAUCUUUAAGUUCGAGAGAUAAUCUUCAGUUUUGGGCUUAUGAGUUCGGGAAGCAUCACGGAUCACUGGCGGAGAACCCUCAUCUAGAUACUAUGCAGAAGUACUUCAGUAAAACUCUUGAGCUGGCAUCUCAGGUUUUCAUAUCAGAGUGGCUCCGGAGGCAGAAAAUAGAACCCGACGACCAUAAAGGUUACUCGGCUUUGGAGAUCGAGAAGGCAAUCAUCGGAAGACACAAAGGGAAACCGAGGUUGACGUGCAGGCAUCUCUUCCAACGGAACCUGAGUGUGCUCUCCGAGAUCGGCGUUUGUUUCGAUGCCGACUUCAAGCCAACGGACUGUCGCAGCUCGUUAGUUACUCAUGUGCAAUGCCGAACUGUGCCAAUCAAGGUGAGACCGGAAUCGUAA